AAACACCGUGCAUGUAGCAUGUAGCAGCAGUUUCAAGCUACUUUAUUGGCUUUUGCUGCUCGCUGCCAGAUUGAAAUAAUAAUGCCAGGAUCGUGGAUGACUCUGUGACUAUGUGACCCCCAGUCGUGUCUCGGUGGUGUGUCGUUGUGUGGAGCAGUGCAUGUUCCUGCCGCAGGGUGUGGAGGAGGGCAGGCGGAGGGUCUGAGCUGUGUAUUGGCGGCUGUCGGUGUCCGGGAUGGAGACCUGGACCCCUAACCCCCGAGCCAAGCCCUUCAUCCCACGUCAACAAAGGAGCUUGUACCUCACCUGGAAAUACAAACUAACCAACAAGAGGACGAUUCGUCGGUUCUGCCAGGCUGGUGCUGUGCUCUUUCUGCUGAUAACUGUCAUAGUCAACAUUAAACUCAUCUUGGACACGAGAAGAGUUGCUAAUGAAGAUGCAGCAGCCCAAGAAUAUGAGGAUGCCGUACCCAACAUGGAGACACCACGCAGGCCGGCUAAUGGACGCAAGGUCCUGGACAUUGAGGUGUACUCCAGCCGCUCCAAGGUCUACGUGGCAGUGGAUGGAACCACCGUUUUGGAGGAUGACAUGCGGGAGCAAGGCAGAGGCAUCCAUGUGAUCGUUCUCAACCAGGCAACUGGUCAUGUCAUGGCCAAGAGGAUAUUUGACACCUACUCUCCCCAUGAGGACGAAGCCAUGAUCCUCUUCCUCAACAUGGUGACCCGGGGCCGAGUCCUAAUCUUUACCAUCAAGGAUGAGGGAACGUUCCACCUCAAAGACGCUGCCAAGAACCUGCUGAAGAGUCUCGGCAGCCAGGCGUCCCUCAACCUCAGCUGGAGGGACAUGUGGACGCUUGUGGUGAAGAAAGGAGGUCAAGUGUACGGAGAGAAGCACUCCAAGUCUCCAGCUCUGUCCACGUGGGGAGACCCGGUAUUGCUGAAGACCGAGGUGCAGCUGACCGCCUCCGAAGAGGCAGAGUGCCACUGGGCCGACACCGAACUGAACCGGAGGAGGAAGCUCUUCUGCAGCAAAGUGGAAGGAUACGGCAGCAUCUGCAGCUGCAAGGACCCGGCACCCAUAGAGUUCAAUCCUGACCCGCUCCCCAACAAUAACGUCUUCAGUGUCCCGGUGGCUGUGAUCGCAGGGAACAGACCCAACUAUCUCUACCGAAUGCUGAGGUCGCUUCUGUCGGCUCACGGCGUCAACCCGCAGAUGAUCACGGUCUUCAUCGAUGGAUACUAUGAGGAGCCGAUGGAUGUUGUUGAGCUGUUUGGGCUGAAGGGAGUUCAACACACACCCAUCAGCAUCAAGAACGCCAGAGUGUCCCAGCACUACAAAGCCAGUCUGACUGCAACCUUCAAUCUUCACCCAGACUCCAAUUUUGCCAUCGUCCUGGAGGAAGACCUGGAUAUCUCCAUUGACUUCUUCAGUUUUCUGAGUCAGACCAUCCACCUGUUGGACGAGGACGACAGCCUGUACUGUAUCUCUGCCUGGAACGACCAGGGCUAUGAACACACAGCGGAGGACCCGGCCCUGCUCUACAGAGUGGAGAGUAUGCCCGGUCUGGGCUGGGUGCUGAAGAAGAGCCUCUACAAGGAUGAACUGGAGCCAAAAUGGCCGACGCCUGAGAAGCUGUGGGACUGGGACAUGUGGAUGCGAAUGCCGGAGCAGAGGAAAGGCAGAGAGUGCAUCAUCCCCGAUGUGUCCCGCUCCUACCACUUCGGCAUCAUCGGCCUCAACAUGAAUGGAUAUUUCCAUGAGGUGUAUUUCAAGAAGCACAAGUUCAACACUGUUCCCAAUGUGCAGCUGAAGAAUGUCGAUAGCUUGAAGAAAGAUGCUUAUGAAGUGGAAAUCCAGAACCUGUUGAAGGAGGCGGAGGUGCUGGAUCACUCUAAGAAUCCAUGUGAGGACUCGUUCCUGCCGGACUCUGAGGGGAAGAUCUACGUCAUGUUUAUUAAGAUGGAAACGGAGACGGACACAUCCACCUGGACCGAGCUCGCCAAGUGCCUCCAUGUUUGGGACCUGGAUGUGCGAGGGUACCACCACGGCCUGUGGCGGCUCUUCAGAAAGAGGAACCAUGUGCUGGUGGUUGCCGUGCCGAUCUCUCCGUACUCUGUGAAGAAACCAGCCAGUGUCACUCCCAUUCACUUAGAGCCUCCGCCCAAAGAAGAGGGAGCACCGGUGGAACAGAUGUAGACACGCACGCACACUCGCACACACAGGCCUUAACACUUCUCCUUUCUCCACCAAACCACUAAUAAUCCAGUCUGGGACCCACAACUACAAAACUGGCUUUUUUUUCUUAGAUGUUGAACUUGUGUACGAGAGGAUACCUGGGAAAUGGAGUCCUGUUUUUUUUUGUUUGUUUUUUUUUACAAACAAAAGAGGGAUUUACACUACAGACUGCACUACUAAACCCAUCCUGUGGGCUGAGGAGGAACGGUGGCGAUGCUGCUUGAACCAGUUUUGGUUAAACGUGACAACAAACCCCAAUCACUGCAUGACUGUCAGCAGCUGUUCUUAUCUUUUUCCAUGACAACACAGUCUGUUUAGGUUUUGUUCAAGCUGUAAUGGUACAAAUGAGACAAACACACACUUAACAGUUACUCUUAUAGUUUGUGUUUCUUAAACUACUGAGUGCUUUGUCCAUCUUGUACAUAUGUUUUAAGUUAUCUCUAUUUAUUUUACACCUGUCAGUCAAAAUGAGUUCAGUGGCUUGUUUGCUUUUGUUUUUUAAAUCCACUUUUAUGGAGAUCAGUGCGUUUUUUAAGAGCCUAACGUUUACAGAUAAUGAAAUAAUGAUGUAUAUACAUGCAUAUAUAUUUUUUGAUGAAAAAUUUAAAGGGUCAACAUAUUUUUCAGCAUUAGAUAUUGAGUUUGAGUGAAAGAGUUGAUAACAGCCAUGUGGGUUUUUACUAUUAUUGACUGCCUGGGUCAGUUGCCUCGGAUCAGGCCUCAUGAGGGAAAACUCGGUGGUGGCUGGGAGACAGAAAUGUUAGAAAACAGUCACAGCUUUAACAACAUACGCUGGAGUUGGAAACAUAAAUCCAGUAAUUCAUUAUGUCUACUCUGAUUGGAUGAUAAUGACACUUUAAAGCCCCAUAUUUUCCUCUUCUCCGGCGUUUUUGAAGUGUUGAUCCUUAAGAAGAUAUAUUUGUG